AUGGCGGUCACCGUCCUACCGGCCAGCUCACUGACGGAGUCUGUUAAGCAGGCUCUCUGCUCUACGACGACUUGCUCCGAUGCUACUGUUUUGUCCCUCACAACACUCCUCCGCGGGUCGUCCAAAGCGACCGAAAACCCCACGAGACGAACGAAAUCUACCCGCGAACCGGCACCUGCUACGAAUCGGGCUAGAACUGCCCGUGCGACUAAGUCUAAGGCUGGGAAUGAAGCUGUGUUGCAAUCGCUUGUUGAUCAUGAUGCGGCCGGCUUGUCGUGUCAGGAGAAGCUGGUUCUUGCUACGGAAGUGUUCAAUGCGACAUUGAAGUCUUUGACGGAAGCUUCGAAGGGCUCUGUGGCGAAGAGACAGAACGUAUCGGCUGAUAAUGCCAAUGGCGUUGACGCGGGCAUUGCAUCGUCAGCGGAGUGCGCGAGACUUGCUUUGUCCACAUUGCGCGCUCUCAAACCCGAUGUUGGGAAUAAUGAAUUCCCGAAUAUGCAACUUGAGCAGGGGCUGUGCGUUCUUGCUGGAAAGCUUAUAUCUCUGGGAUUGAACGACAUGGCAUACAAAGAGCUCCGGUUCCUUAAGCGGAGAAUUCAACAACACCUGGAUAGCAGCAAGGCUGGGAAGAAAGCCACCGAAGCGAAGGACUCGACGGACGAAGAAGGAAAAGAACGGAUGUCUGAUUUGUUGACUUUCGCCCAUAUCGCCAAUGCGAAAUCACUGUACGGCUUGAUCGUUCCCUUUCACUCGAAUGUGAUGCGACUAUUUGCUUCCGAUCGAAGGGCCUCGACUAUUCAGAAACUCUGCCCUGCUUUGCAAUUAUCCGACUCUAGCAGCCCUGCCCAAGUUAUUUUGGCUGCUUUGAAGUCAGGGCAGCUAUCAAACGACAAAGCUGCGCUUCAGCUUCAGCUAUUAUCUAACACUGUUCUAUCCCUCUGCUCAGGGCCAUCGCUAUCAAAAGACGAGACUUCCAAUAGUCUAAAGCCAACCGCUUCAUUAACAUUGCAACUACUUUCUCUCGAGAUUCGAUGUUUGAGCUGGAAGUUGUCAGGUCAUACUUGUGAUGAGAGCAAAGAAAUUUUCGAUCCUCUGCUUCGCUACUUCGGCAGCUUCUCCCAUCGCAGCAAGGGAAUCGAGAAGACCGAGUUUGCCGCCAUCUAUAAGACAGUUACACGCCUACAGACGUCCGUUGCCGAAACCAAAAAGAAAUCAACAGAAACGCAAAACGCAACCCAAGCUGCUAAACUCAUGACUCUCCUGGGACAGCUUGCUUUCGACGCAGGCUGCUUUGACGAGUCCAUGAAGUUGUUCACACAAGCCAUCAACCCACUCUCCAAAGCACAAAGUCUUUCACUAGCUACGGUUAGAUGUAAGAUCGCAUCCGUCCAUUUCCAGGCAUUGAAGACAUCGAAAAAGUUCCUGGCUGAAGCUUUAGAGUCUACAUCUGAGGCAACUGAAUCACUAGGGUUGCAGUUAAGAGGCAGUGCGAAUGACUUGGAUGAGCUUCUCGUUGAAGCAGCAAGAUUAAAAAAGCUAGCUCUUGCCUGGUUUGGAGAAGCCAUUGCCAAAACCCUUGGCAGUGAAAAUGAAAAAAAUGAAGCUGCCAGCCAAAUCAGGGAGUACCUCCAGGCGUUCCUCAGGUUCCUCAGGCGCUAUGUCGGACGCCAACCAACCGAAGAGAGCGAUGAAAAGGAGAUUGAAAUGUUCAACAACCGCAUUAACAUUUCAAAGAGCAUUGUUCUUGCCGGUGUUGACUCAGCCGUCGCAGUUGGGAAGCUGUCUAUCAUGUCCCAAAGUCCGCCCUGGGAAGACAUGCUCCCCAUCCUCGCUGACUGCCAUCGCCUACUCUCAACUAUCGACGCUCCUGAUGAGAAGGAUACAGAGACGACAGAAAACCUGGGCAUGGCAUUUGUAAAGCUCUCCAACCUGUUCUGGUCUCGAUACAUCAAAGAAAAAGAAGCUGGACAAGGCUACCGAGAGCUUCUUCCUCUUCUCAAACAAUCUACCCAGCUGCUUUCAGGCUGCUCACCUUCACAGCGCAACACAGCUUUUGCAGCCCUGAAAUUCGAGAGAAUGGCUCAUCUGUACCUCGAAGGCAAUAUGUACAAUGAUUCAGAGAAGAUGUUCCGGCAAUCGAUUGAGGAAUACAUUCUCUCUGGCACAUUGGAACAGAUUGUUAAGAACAGCGAGGGAAAUAGUCCAAGUUCAGUUAACCAGGACCCCAAAAGCCCUGGCUUUAUGCUUGGCCGCGUGCUUUCUGCUCUACUGAAGAUGAAGCUGCGCAGAAAGAACGCACAAUCAUCUGCUGUCUAUGACGAUACUGAGCUUGAAUUUGAAUCAAGAGGCAUCCUUCUUGAAUGGCAAAUGGACUUGCUCGUCGAUAUGCACAACUACUCCUUCGGCGAAGAAGAGUUCCGGUUGAUGCUUGGCUCAGCUGUUUCCUCGCUUCUCGACCUCUACGACUCUCAACUCCACCCAAUCCGCCAUAUUCGUGUAAUCUUCUCAUCCUUACGUCUUCUACUGGAGCACCCUACUGCGCUAGAGUCAUCUUUGAUUGAAAACUUGUUAGACGAAGGAACUGAGGCUUUGGAACAAGGUCUGCAAAUCGGGAAAGACACCGAUCUCGCUUCUUUUGCCAUCCACAUCAGCAAUUCGCUGCGCGUUAUUAUCGGUUUCCAUCAUGGAAAGAUCGACCCAAGUGAACUCGAUGCCACGCUUGGGUCGUGGACUUCUUUGGCUCAGAAAUGCGCUGAUUGGAAGACAUUAAGUCUUUGUGUCAAUGAUACAGACUACUGGAUUUUGCAGUUGAAGGCUUUAGUCGAUUACACGGAAAUCCAUGGCCUCUGGAAGGCUCAACUCUCCACUCUGGAGCUCAUAUUGCGUGCCACAGAGCUCCAACAAUCAGGAGAUCUCUCCGAUGCAAUCGUCAUUCUCUCCCGCUUAGUACUGCAAAACUGCCGUCUGGGAUAUUGCCAAAGGGCAGGCGACCUGCUUUCGCGUGGCGAGCAGUAUCUUACACAAACUAAAGUUUCUGCUCUUGCAACCCUCUCUUACAAAGUUGCUCGGGUUGAAUAUCUUCUGGAAACCGGACAAAGUGACAAAGCUGCAUCUGUCUUUUCUGCUGCUCGGUCAUUAUAUGAAAGAAGCCAGAAGACGGAACUCGGCAACUUGAGUGUCCUGUCCAAAAUCUCUUGGGAGAGAUUGGUAGCGGAUGCCGCAUUUGUUCAAUCCCGGUUGUUCUCCGCCCAGGGCUCAGCGACUCAAGCUCUUUACUUUGCGAAGUUGUCUGUGAGACUUAACUGCCGUAUCUGGGCCAAGGUCGAAAGAAUCGCUCAACGAAAGCAAGACAAAACCUUGCCCGCUGCGGGACCCUCUGAUGUUGAUGCCGUUGCUGAUGGGGUUGCAAAGCUUGAUCUAUCCCAGAACGGAUCUAGCCCAGAUGUGUCUGCCAGCUAUAUUCAAGGUGCACCAUUCUGGCCGCACCUGGGCUCUCACCACACCUGUUUGUUGAACCUCGCGACAUUAUCUGCCCACCACGGCUUGUUCCAGGAUGCUAUCUAUUAUGGAGAGCAAGCCCUGAAAAUUGAUAGAACCCUCGAUGCCAAUGCUCGACUUCUCGCAGCACAGACACAGCUUGGUUGCCAUUUAAUUCUCGGUGGCCACCUGAGCGAAGGACAGGAACAUCUUGCUGCGGCAUCUGAGUCCUCAAAGCAGACAUCGAAAAGUAUUGAAACUGUGUCUUUCCAAAUGGCACUUGCAUCUCUUUACCAGACGCAGGGCUCGUUCGACAAGGCACUUCGUGUCCUUCUUGAGGCGGACAAAGUUAUCACAACCAUCACUUCCGCAGAUAAGCCUGCCAGCGUGGAGGCAUCAGCUGUUGCAGACCUCGAAGACAAGUUGGACAAGUUGCGGGUUAGGGCGAGCAGCCGGCGAACACCAACACCUACUACCGCAACUACCACCCGGCGCACCCGCGCAACCAGCUCUGCGGCAUCCAAAACCGGUGCACCCAAGGCUGCUGCGCCCAAAACAACCAAGAAAGCUCCAGCCCCAAAGCCUACCCUCUCUGAAGCUCAGUCCAAAACUUUAUUACGGUUCAAGGGUGACAUUCUAAGGCAACAAGCCUAUUGUCUGCGUGAGUUGCGCGACUUUGAACGAUCCGCACAAACGCUCGCUGGUGCCCGACAAUAUGCCGUUUCUCCUGAAAGCAAGAUCGCCCUGGGAAUCGGCGAAAGCGAGCAUCUUCUGGCUGACGCAAUCCGCCGUUUUGCCAGCCAUGCUGUGUACUGCGUCUUGCCUGAAUCUACAAUUUCUCUCCCUUCGCUGAAAUCACCAAGCAAGACGGCUGAUGAGCCCAGUGUCCCUGCAGCGAAACCUUCCACACGAAAGACUAGGGCCCCAGCUAAAGGUCCUCGCACUAAGGCCCAGAAGGCCAGUGAUGAUUUUUCGGUUAUGCUUUCGAAGGCUACUGAUUGCCUUGCCAGUAUCUUCUCUGAUGCUACUGUUCUUGGCUCAACGCUUGAUAGCCAUGCUGCAUCUCGCUUGAUGAGCCGGAUUUCUAUGCUCUCGCAUGCCACUUCUCCUGGUGCACCAGCUACAUUGGCUCAGUCGCCAGCUAACAUGAAUGAAAUCGGACGUGUUGGCGCAUUUGCCCGGGAACGAAUGGCGAUUGACAUCGACCGACAGCUGGCUGACUUUGCCGACCCUCUCCUCUGGCCAGCCUCUUUCCCCUCGGCCGUCGAGCUGGACAAUGACUUGUGCUCCAACUUCACCAAGGACUAUGUGGAUAUUCUUCCUGAAAACUGGAACGUCCUCUCCUUGUCUUUGAGUGCAGACCGAACCGAAUUUGUGGUUUCGCGACUCCAGAAGGAUCGCUCUCCAUUCCUUCUACGGCUUCCCCUUCACCGAGGAAACUCGGAGGACGACGAAGAAGAGCAGUUUACCUUUGAAGACGGUAAAGUGGAAAUGCGGGAACUCAUCAAGCUCGCAAACGAGAGUGCGCAUGCUGCUAAGGCUCAAACCGACAAGGCAUCGAAGAAGGAAUGGUGGAAGACUCGCGAGGCGCUUGACAGUCGUAUGGAAAGUGUCCUCCAGAACAUUGAGAACAUUUGGUUCGGAGGCUUCAGGGGUGUGUUCUCGCCUCUCUCGCGGGACACCACUGCACUGGCUCGAUUCGCCAGUACCUUCCAAGGAAUCCUCGACAAGCAUCUUCCUUCUCGGCAGAAGGGUGGCAAAGCCGCAGGGCCUCGACUUACUUUGCAUCAAAACGUGGUGGACUUGUUCAUUGGGCUUCGCGACCUUGAGCAACAAGAAGAGCCCGAGGACACGCUGAUGGAUCUUCUUUACUUUGUGGUGGAUAUCCUACAGUUCCAGGGCGAGCGCAAUGCCUACGACGAGAUCGACUUCGACAUGAUGGUAGUCGAUACUCUCGACGCCUUGCGAUGCUAUCACGAAGCUGCCCGCGAGGAGCUUGCAUCGCGGCCCCCAAGACAUACAGUUCUCGUUCUCGAUAAAGCCCUGCACCUGUUCCCCUGGGAGUCCCUUCCCUGUCUUCAGGGAUAUCCAGUUUGCCGAGUUCCUUCUCUGGAAUGCCUCCGCGACCGAGUUCUCCAAUUCCGCAGUUCAUCGUCUGGGGCCAUUCUGAACCGCAAGUCGGGCGCGUAUGUCCUCAAUCCGACCGGAGAUCUGCGCUCGACACAAACAACCUUCGAGCAAGACCUGUCGCGGUUCAAGUCCUGGAAUGCGAUCGUGCAACGCGAACCGACUGAAGAUGAGUUCCGAGACUCGUUGGAGAAAAAGGACCUGUUCUUGUACUUCGGUCACGGAAGCGGUGCUCAGUACAUCCGCGGCCGCACUGUCAAACGGUUGACACAAUGCGCUGUUACUUUCCUUAUGGGCUGUAGCAGUGGCAGCUUGACCGAAGCCGGGGAGUAUGAACCCUACGGUACACCCAUGAAUUACCUUCAUGCAGGCAGUCCGGCGCUCGUUGCUACGCUGUGGGAUGUCACUGAUCGGGACAUUGACCGGUUUACCACCACCACCCUUGACGCAUGGGGUCUAGUAGAGAAGAAAGAUAAGAAGAACGGCGAGGAGAAUGUCGGGCUUGACACGGCCAUUGCGCGGUCUCGGAGCGCGUGUGUCCUGAAGUAUUUGAACGGCGCAGCGCCGGUGGUGUAUGGAGUUCCGGUGUUCUUGGAAUGA